CUUUCCCACUGACCACCGAACAUCGACAGUGAACAAUCGACCUGGCUAUGCGUUUGUCAAGUUUGAUAACACGGAAUCACCUCUUCAAGCCAUAAGCCGAGAGGUAGAUUCCACUCCGGCAGGUACAGACACAAAUAAUUAAAGCAAGUUUGCAGCACAAUCGCAUCGUAGACGGGCGACGGAUUCGUGUGCAACUACGGGAUUUGCGUCCCUACCGAUGGAAGACUUUGCAGUCUAUUUUCAGCCCGGAAGUUCAAGGUUCAGAACCGUCGACAGGUUCCGAUGAAGGAUCUCAAGACGACCUGACACACGGGAAAACUGAAAUGAGUAGCGUUACCGAGGACAUGCGAGCUAUCGACUUGAAAGAUGUCUCUGCGGUCGCUGCCGUCCAAGAUGCCCGUCCGCUUCACGAAGGGAAUGACGAACAUCAUGCGAACCAUGCUGUGCGGGGAGCGCAAGGCAGUCACCGAGCAUUGACUGCCGUAGCAGUCCCCACACGCAACCAGCACCAAGGAACUGAUAAUAACACACCUUCGGGGACCGUAGAUGUAUUUCAAACUAACGUGACACUGGUACCUCCACCGGUAACAGCUCACCCGGUACCUGCCUUUGCAUACUACCACCCUCAAGGAUGGAUGCCCGGUUUUGGACCAUACUCUCACCCUCUUUUAAUCCCACAUUACCCAGGAUACCAAGUGGCGCCGCAAAUGACACCGCCAUUUCUUCAUGGAACCGGCAUGGAGGGUACACAAAGUCCCCUAGGCCCUGCGCCGCCCAAUGGGCUCGAAAGUGGGUCAAUAGUGAGUCGUUCAAAUACGUCCGCUGUCGAAGUGGAGGUGACAAGCUUCUCAGCCCUAUACACUGUAUCCACACGUGGUUGGCUACCCCUUCUCAGAUGGAACUCGACCCGGGACGGCCGCCAUGCCACCUAACCCCAACCAUCAUGUGCCAGCUCCUUUACCUCCCACUGGAUUGCAUCCAGGUGAUCGGGGCCCGCCAUUUCCCACGUCCCAUUCCCUGAAUGGAGGAACCUCCUUCACUCCUGAGAACGAGAACUCGCCUUCUGUUACUUGGCGGCCUUACCCUCCCAUGCAGU